AUGGUGAUUGAACUAGUUAUUAUUCCGUCGACAACUUGGUUUUUUCGUGAUUUUGGAGGUGACAAGUAUAUCUCUGGAACUGCCUUAUAUUGUACCAAUAAUGACAAUGAUAUUUUCAGAGAAAUUACAUUUAGAGGCUUUACUGGAAGUUCUGAUUGUUUGAUAUCUCUCUUUGAAAAAAAUUUUAUUAUCUCUUUAGUCCAAACUAUAUCUAUAUCAUCUUCUGAUAAUGAAGAUAUUCUGACUCCUCUUGAUCUUCCUCGCUCAUCGCCUCUACUUCUCUUUUCUGUACCCAUUAUACAAGGUUCUUAUCAUUCUAACAAUGGCAGAGGAAGAGAAAGUUUUAUACUCUCAAAACACUUAUACAAUGGCAUUACCAAUAGCAAGCAUAUUCCUUCUAAUAUUAUCAUCUUAUAUUUAAACGAGAGUAGCGAACUGCAGUAUUCAGCAUCAAAUGAAAAACUGACCUCUGUUAAUUUUAUGGAUGCAAUUUUUCAAGUUUGUACUAAUGAACACCACUCAGAACCUACCAAUAUAAACCCUACUCCCGAAAAUACAGAAAACGUAGUUAUUCCAUCUGAUCCCAAUAUCAAAUCUACUUCUCUUUCGAAUUUUGAGGGAGACGAUGAAAUUACACCUAUUAAUAAUAUUGAAUCCGUUACAACUACCUCUGGUAAUCAACCUACUUCUCAACGUAAAGGCACUAAACAAUCAGAAAAAUGUUUAAAAUCUACAAAAAAAUAG